CUCGUCGUGACCGUAGCAUAUGUUUUUCUCCGACAAUCGUCAAUGGCCCACUCGCGGCACUGACACGGGUCCGCAGCACAUCGUUUCCCCGAAAAAAAAUCAUCAACUUAUUUUUUCUCGAAUAAUAAAAAAGCAAAUUCAAUGUCCUCAGCUCCUCCUCGCCGUGGGUGAGUGAGCGAGAGAUUGUCUUUCAUCUUUAAUUAAUCUCGUUAAUUAGCGAUUGGAAAUAGACUAAUGCUACUGGUGACGACAGGGGGCUCUUUAAUUCACCGGAUUUUUGUGAAUGAUUCAGUGAUACUCGAGAGCAAGGAAAAUCGGUAAUCAGUUUUGGAGAAAAGUUUGGAGAAACGCACGCGGAGUUUCACCUGUUUACUGCACGCGUUAACAUUUUUAUAUGCGUUCGGGGAGUGACGUUGCACCGGUUAACGGGAGCCGUUGAUUUAACUCCGUUGCUCUGAGAUUUGCCCGGAGAAAAUUGCGGUUUUUUUAAAUUUUUGUCUGUGGAUUUUUUUUUUCAACUGUGAGUGACUUUCAAGAUCGAGAUGCUGCUGGUUAGCUCCUUGCUGAUGGUGCUGGCGGUCGUCUCCAGAGUGGGAUGUCAAAGAAACACACCGAGAAGUCCUCGCGCAAGCCGUAACGAUGCGGCCUUGGAGUUCGAGUGUCCCGAAGAAUUUGGCUACUACGCACACCCACGUGACUGCACUCAGUACUACGUCUGUGUAUUCGGUGGUGCAUUGCUCGAGUCCUGCACCGGUGGUCUCAUGUACAGCCAUGAGUUACAAACCUGCGAUUGGCCCCGCAACGUAGGCUGCCUGGACUCCAGCGGAGGUGCAAAGGAGGACGACGUCGAGGAUCCGCUGCUCGAAAGAGCGGCGAAGGAAUCCCACCAGCAGCGUCAGCCGGCGCCCCAACGUCAGGCCGCCCGUCAGCCGAGUUCGCCACCGCCCCAACAACCCCAGCUCCCUGAGCGUCACUCCCGCCACCGUCAACCACCCCAACGCACCACCUACCCCGACGACGAGUACGAGCCAGCCUCCGAAAUCGAGAGCGAUCGCCAACAGCGUGUCUACCGCGGCCAACCAUCGACAAUCGGCCAAGUACAGCGCGAUCGUGAUGGCCUGCGUCGUAACAUCAUAUCCGUAAGUUCAACGCACCCAUCACGACCUCUUCAUCCCGCUUACGUCACACCACCUGCAUCAAAUGGAUAUGACAAUGUCGGACACGUGACAAACGUUAGUUCGACAGCGACACCGACAAAACCACCAAUAAUGACUAUUAAAAAUAACAUUAGCGAUCGCGAUAGGAUCGAUAAUCCGUAUCAGGAUGCAACAAGAAGGAAUUACAUAAUCGUCAGUUCCCCAUCGCCCUUCAAAUUGCCACCAAAAUUUGACGACGAAAUCACUGAAUCCGUAGCUAAAUAUCCGACAGAUCAGCACGAGGAUGACAAUUACAAUUACAUAACCGAGAGAAAUAGCGAGGUGACUGAUAAAAAUGAAAAAGUGACCGUUGAAAACCGAAAAAUGACCGUUGAAAGCCAAAAAAUGACCGUUGAAAACCCCAAAACAACCGAUUCGCCUCCGCCAAUCACCUCAAUCCUCCCCGAAAUCGGCGCAAAAAUCGAGGACAACGACUCGGAUCAGAAUGAGAUCCAGCCGACGCCCUCGUCUCGCAAACCUGUCACCUACGAAUUCAGUGAUGAACCAAUUGGUCACGGUAAUUUUGCAACAGCACCGACAACCCUCCGCCAGCGAAUAAAAUCGAGAUUAUCUCAGUAUCGUGGUAGUGAGAGGUAUCAGGGGGGUGUCACAAUGAUGAAGAUCGUCCGUAAACGACCGGUCAACGAUCAAAUUGUUAGGGAAUCACUGGAGAGUGACGUUACACUGCGCAGCACAACGCCAAUGACAAGAAGACGGGAAAGUCCGAAGAAAUUGUCCGUUAGCUCUGACAAUUACGAGGACAUUCCGACGACCUUGAGCCCUCACCAGAGGGCCCAGAUACUCAGUAAAAUCAGUCAGGUACAGAGUCACGAGGACAUUGAGGCCAAUGAGAUAACAGUAACGACAAGUAACACUGUCAAAGACGCAUUCAAUGAUGUACGUAGUAAUGACAGUACAACGGUAACAACAACUGGAAAAAUAGUGGAGACAACGACUCUUGGGGAGGAAAAAUCAACGGGCGAUGAGGAUGAGGGCAAUGAGAUAACAGUUACACCCACGAGUUUAGGCCAACGGGCAACACGACAACGUUCAACUUCAUCGAGGAGUUCACUCGAGAGAGAGAAGGAGAGUCUGCACUCCGGCAGAGGUCAGACUGAAAAUCAUUACAGAGCUAUUCCGUCUGAGAACCCGAGGAUUUUGAAGACCACUGCUUCGACCGCAGCUACACCUGUUAUUUCCAAGUCAUAUUAUGAUCCUGAGACCUAUCCUUAUUACACUAUUUAUGAUGACGAUGUGUCUAUUUACAAGGAUGACGAUUACGCUCAGUACACGGUAAAUCACUCGGUUCCCCUCCAACAUCCUCAUCAGCACCAGAGCGUGAGGAUUGCUGAGGUGACGCCCAACUCGAAAGCCACUUCCUACACGCAAAAACCUAAGAAAGUUCCAGUGAACGAUAAUGACAAGUACAAUUUGAAUCAGGAUGUCACUGUUUCGGAUUAUGACAUUUAUGAGAAUCAGCCACAGAGUCAUCUCAACAAAAACAAGUUCCGAAUCAACGAUGGCCAGCAGUCGUACAGAACCAAUGGUCUCAGCCAUCCAGCGGUCCACGUGACAACACCAAAUGCCAUUGUCGAUAGUUAUGUGCCCCUGACGACUACCACCCAACCACCACCCACCACAACAGCACGCCCCUUUACUGUCACUGUACAGAGUCGGGGACGACCACAAGUUAAUCGAGGUACAGCGCCACCACGGGUGAGGCCAACGCUGAAACCCUCCACUGAGAUUGUUUCCAAGGCCCAGGAGUUCGUUGAUAUCUACAGGCAUCCACCAACGAGACCACCUACCCUGUAUCCAACUCCACAGGUCGACAAACCCGCUGCCAAGUGCCGCAAGGACGUCUGUCUACUUCCGGAUUGCAACUGCGGUGGCUCUGACAUUCCCGGUGAUUAUUUGCCUGAGGAGAUACCCCAGAUUGUGCUCUUGACAUUCGACGAUUCAGUCAAUGAUCUCAACAAGGGCCUCUACUCAGAUCUGUUUGAGAAGGGACGUAAAAACCCGAACGGCUGUCCCAUCUCGGCUACGUUCUACGUGUCACACGAGUGGACUGACUACAGCCAAGUGCAGAAUCUCUAUGCAAAUGGUCAUGAAAUCGCUUCUCACACUGUUUCGCACAGUUUCGGUGAGCAGUUCUCGGCCAGGAAGUGGGCCAGAGAAGUGGCUGGACAGCGAGAAAUUCUCGCCGCUUAUGGAGGAGUCAAGUUGGAGGACGUCAGGGGAAUGAGAGCUCCAUUCCUCUCCGUCGGUGGAAACAACAUGUUCAAGAUGCUUUGGGAGACGAAUUUCACGUACGACUCAUCGAUGCCGAUUUACGAGAAUCGUCCACCAUCGUGGCCAUAUACCCUCGACUACAAACUCUUCCACGACUGCAUGAUACCCCCCUGUCCAACGCGCUCCUACCCAGGCCUGUGGGAGGUGCCCAUGGUGAUGUGGCAGGACCUCAACGGCGGCAGAUGCUCCAUGGGAGACGCCUGCAGCAAUCCACCGACACCCGAUGGUGUUUACAAAAUGCUCAUUAAGAAUUUCGAGAGACAUUACACUACCAACAGGGCGCCUUUUGGAUUGUUCUACCACGCAGCGUGGUUCACACAGCCCCACCACAAGGAAGGAUUCAUCUCCUUCCUCGAUACUAUUGCUGCCAUGGACGACGUCUGGAUCGUGACGAACUGGCAGGCACUCCAGUGGGUCAGGAAUCCAACCCCUCUAGCAUUACUGGACAACUUCGAGCCAUUUGGCUGUAAUUAUCCUGACAGACCCAAAAAAUGCAACAACGCGAAGGUCUGCAACCUCUGGCACAAGAGUGGCGUGAGGUACAUGAAGACGUGCCAGGCCUGUCCCGACAUUUACCCGUGGACAGGAAAAACAGGCAUACGCAGCAGUCGCAUCGACAACGACAUCGACAAUUGAAGGAGCCACGACACUCUGAUUGGAGAAAAAAAAUUAUGAAGAAACCCACCAGCAAUAUAAUAAUUACUUGAUAGAGCAUUCAUACGAAUUCCAUUGCCAAGAGUGUUCCAUUCGUUGGAAAAACUCUGGGGUUGAUGUUUGAAUAUGGUAUUGAAGAUCGAUAAAUUGCACUCUUGAAGACCGAGUACGUUGAAUCAUGGCGUUUGUAGAAUUUUUCUUCUUCGAGAUUAGGGGAAUAAAUGAAAAUUAAUCAAUCAUGAGGAGCAGUGAAUGCCAUAAUACGAUGAGAAGUAGCGAAUGGAGACGAGGAAUAACUUAAUUUUCAUUUAUGGAGUAGUAAAAUGUAAAAAGUAGACAGAAAAUGUAGGAAUAAUUGAUCGGCGAGGGGAGAAUUUUUUUACAUUUUUAAAAAAUAGGAAAUAGAGCGGAGGAGGUGGGACUAAAAUGGGGAAAAAUGAUAAUUGGAUGGUAGAUAAGGUAAAUUGGUAAUGGCUGUGGCAUAUUUUUCUCGGGUGAGAGGACAAAUCAGGGGAUUUUGGGGUUCUCUCUCCAUGAAUGAACGAUCGAGUUUAGGAAAUUUUUUAGUCGACGGUCUGUUGCACCUCGAAGCAUUAAAAUCCACUCACCUUUACGUACUCGGUGUUCAAUACAUUUUUUAAAAUCAGUUGGGCGAAUUACUUGGUAGACGUGGCAGAAAUUUUGAGAGCUGUUGAAGUGUGAUGAGUUACACUUUAGCGUGUAAAUUAAUGCGUAGCGUAAUGUAAUUCGUGGGGGGAGUGCGAUGUUCGCAUUUGUGGAGUUGCCGAACGAAAUUUUACUGUCGUUGAGGUGCGACUCGUUGUGUUAAGUGUAUGCCCUUAAUAAAACUUCUAAUUUCACUAGA